UGCUGAAUGCGGUGAAGUCAUCUCAGACAAGGGUGUUUGCUAUAUUUACGUUGGCACAGCCGUGAAGUGCACUCUGCCCCUGCGUUGUGUAAGGAAGAAGAGUUAGGAGAGUUUGGAAGCCACCUGCAUUCACCUCAGCUACUGUACUCAACUAAACACUGAUCAAACAUGGCAAACAAAGGUCCAGCCUAUGGUCUGAGCCGUGAGGUGCAGAGCAAGAUUGAUAAAAAAUAUGACCCGGAACUGGAGGAAAGGCUGACGGAAUGGAUCACCGCCCAGUGCGGCUCCUCAGUUGGUCUGCCGGAGGCCGGAAAGAUCGGCUUCCAAAAAUGGCUCAAGGAUGGAUGUGUGCUGAGCGAGCUCAUCAACAGCUUGUACGGUGCCAACAAGCCCAUCAAGAGCGUCAAGCCCUCUCCUAUGGUCUUUAAGCAGAUGGAGCAGAUCUCCUUGUUCCUCAGCGCAGCGGAAAAGUACGGAAUCACCAAAACUGACAUGUUCCAGACAGUUGACCUCUUCGAAGGGAAGGACCUGGCUGCUGUUCAGCGGACCCUGAUGGCUUUGGGAAGUUUGGCAGUCACAAAGAAUGAUGGGAAUUAUCGCGGAGACCCCAGCUGGUUCCAUAAGAAGUCACAAGAAAAUAGGAGGGAUUUCUCAGAGGAGCAGCUCAACGAAGGUAAAUCUGUCAUUGGCCUGCAAAUGGGCACAAAUAAAGGAGCAUCUCAGAGCGGCAUGACGGGCUAUGGGCGACCCAGGCAGAUCAUCAACAACAACCCCUGAACCCGACCGGCACUGCUGCCUCCCAAGCCCGAGACACUCCUCCUCCUCUCGUCUGAUUGGCCAGUUACAGAGGAAUCUGUGCGUUAACUUGGCCAAAGAG